AAUUCAUAUAAAAUGCAUAGCAGACGCCAUUUCAGCAUAGUUUGGUAAUAACCAACAAAAACAGCAGACAUGAAGUUCCUAUUAAUCGCUGCUGCCGUAGUCGCCGUUGCUGUGGCAGGCCCCACUCGGUUCCUGCCGAUCCAUGUUGGCCCCGCCAUCGUAGAAGACCAGUUCGCGCCCAUUCACAUUGGCCCCGCCGUCAUCCCCGACGGACAAUACCAACCUAUCCAUGUUGGACCUGCUAUAAUUGAAGAACCUAGCAUCGUACCUUCCCCUAUUAUUAUCGAUGAUGGACACAUCGUGCCUUCCCCUGUGAUCGUCGACGAUGGACCCAUCGUGCCUUCUCCUGUCAUCAUUGAUGAUGGACCCAUCGUGCCCUCCCCCGUCAUCGUCGACGAUGGUGAGUUCCACCCAAUCAAUGUUGAGCCAGUCAUCGUCGAAACCCCCGCUGAGAGCCCCACCAGUGCUCCUCUGGUGCAGAUCAUCUUGAACAUCAACACCGCCCAGAUUGCCCCUGGUCAAGCUAUCAGCAUCGAAGGAGCUGAGCCCGUUGUUCCUGGACCCAUCACCAUUGUCGGCCAGCCUGAAGUAGUCCCUGGACCCAUCUCCAUCGUCGACCAGCCUGCAGUGGUUCCUGGACCCAUCACCAUCGUUGACCAGCCUGAAGUGGUUCCUGGACCCAUCACCAUCGUCGACCAGCCUGCGGUGGUUCCUGAAUCUAUCACCAUUGUAGACCAGUCUCCAGUGGUCCCUGCACCCAUCACCAUCGUUGACCAGCCUGCAGUGGUCCCUGCACCCAUCACCAUCGUUGACCAGCCUGCAGUGAUUCCUGCACCCAUCACCAUCGUCGACCAGCCUGAAGUGGUCCCUGGACCCAUCACCAUCGUCGACCAGCCUGCAGUGGUCCCUGGACCCAUCACCAUCGUCGACCAGCCUGCAGUGGUUCCUGCACCCAUCACCAUCGUCGACCAGCCUGCAGUGGUUCCUGGACCCAUCACCAUCGUCGACCAGCCUGCAGUGGUUCCUGCACCCAUCACCAUCGUCGACCAGCCUGCAGUGGUCCCUGGACCCAUCACCAUCGUCGACCAGCCUGCAGUGGUCCCUGCACCCAUCACCAUCGUCGACCAGCCUGCAGUGGUUCCUGCACCCAUCACCAUCGUCGACCAGCCUGCAGUGGUUCCUGGACCUAUCACCAUCGUCAACCAGCCUGCAGUGGUCCCUGAACCUAUCAACAUUGUUGACCAGCCCAGCCCUGUCAUCAUAGUGGACGCUUAAGAUCUGUAUGGGUCAGGUAGUAAAUAAAAUUAUACUUAACUCU